GGGCUGCUGGGAGCUGUAGUAGGGGGCGGGGAGAAGAUGGCGUCCAAGGUGAGCCUGGUGCUGCGGCCGGUGAAGAGUAUCGUGGUGCGGUUCUGCCCCUUCGAGCCCAACGUGGAGAGCACCAGAAAAUUUCUCCAAAGAAUUUACCAUAAAAAAAUCCAAGCUACUAAUACAAACUGUGAAGUGACUGCUGAUGUGAGACAUGAUGGAUCUGAACCAGUUGUAGAUGUUACAUUUGCUGAUGGAGAUCGACUGAUAAUGAAGGGAGCCCACUUGACCGCAGGGGAAAUGUUAACAGCAUUGGCUUCCAGAUGUAAUGCAAAAGACCUGAAGGAAGAACAGAAAAGCAAGAAGAAGAAUCCCUGAAGAAUGGAAAACCAGCUGUGUUUGCAUUGAAAUGUGUUAGAAACAGCAGGUUGCACAGAAGGCUUUUUCCUAUGCAACAAAAUCUGAGAGAUGGCCAAAAGACUUUAAAUGUUCCCUGCCUUCCCUUGAAGGAGGACAUACAGAUCAACAGAUCUUGCAGCAGUGGGUCAGAGUGGCAUAAGAUGCAGGAAUGCAUCUUUCUAAGCAGCUGCAUGUUGGACUAAUAUCACAUGUAUUUGCAUUUCAGUGUGAAUAAUGCACAUCAGCUAUUAAAUUAAUACUGCAAUGAA